AUGGCCCUUUCUUCGCCCUCCGCCUCCGUCCUAGGGCGGCUCACGCGCUACUAUGGCAUGGAGAUGGAGGAUCCCGCCAUGCCCUUCUCAUCCCGGGCGGCGGACGGGACGCAAGAGGAGAGCCACUUCUCCCCCUCGACGGUUUUUUCGCCCGAGGUGAUGGCCGAGGUGGAGCGGAGGGCCCGACAAUUGUACACGGACGAGCAGCGGGGGUUUCUCCAGCGCGCGCCGGACCUCUUCGUCAGUCUGGAGGAUAUCCAGGACGAGGUGCCCGAGAUGCACUCCACACCACCGGCGGAAGGGGACGAGGAUGAGGAUCGAUCAAAUUUGCAUUUCUACGAUAGCUCAGAGAACUUGGAGGAGCAAAAUACAGGUUUUCCGGACGGCGCCGCUCUUGCCUCAUCGGGCUUUACAAACAAUUCUCAAGGUUCAUCAUCCUCACCAUCAUUUUAUCAGAUGGCGACGAGCUGCUUCCCCACGUUUAUACUGCUCUCGCCGAGGGUGUUAAUCCCGAGCGGAACGGUGGGUUGGGCGGGCGAGGGAAUGAUCUUUGUUAACGGCGGCGGCGUGCACCGCGCACAAGCCACCAUGUCAGCCUCCGUUGCGGUAUGA